UUCUCGGUCGUUCUCUGCAAUUUGACAAUCUCGAUUUUUCUAUUCCUUCAUCGUGGCACGAAUAAUCUACUCUUUUGCGCGCCGAUUUUCCACAAAGAUGCCUAAAACGACAUAUUUCGACAUUGAGAUCGGAGGCGCACCUGCCGGUAGAAUUGUUAUGGAGCUUAGAGAUGAUGUCGUCCCAAAAACAGCCGAGAACUUCCGUGCUCUUUGCACCGGGGAGAAAGGCUUUGGUUACAAGGGGAGCUCUUUCCACCGCGUCAUUCCAGGUUUUAUGUGCCAGGGAGGGGAUUUCACCCGUGGUGACGGAACAGGAGGAAAGUCCAUCUAUGGUGCAAAGUUUGCUGAUGAGAACUUCAAUUUGAAGCAUACCGGCCCAGGUAUCCUUUCCAUGGCUAAUGCUGGCCCCGGCACCAAUGGCUCCCAGUUCUUUCUUUGCACAGCAAAGACAUCAUGGCUAGAUGGCAAGCAUGUUGUAUUUGGAUCUGUUAAAGAUGGAAUGGAUGUUGUGAAAAAGAUUGAGAAGGUUGGGAGUGACAGUGGCAAGACCAGUAAAAAGGUUGUUAUUGCUGACUCUGGUGAAUUGUAGUUGCAGUGUUACUUCCAUUUUUGAUAACCUUCAACUUUUUUCAAGACCUACAUCAAUAGAGUUUUAGAGCUUACUUAAACACCAUUACCGAUAUGUUGUAAAAGCUAUUUUAUUCGCCUGGUACUGUUAAACUGUCCUCUCAAACAUAAUAAAGAAAAAAAGAAUGAA